GAAGCUCUCAGGUUCGUCUCUUUUGCUCGAUUUCUGCUCAUGGACUUGAGCGCCUCUGGUCCGCGGCGAGUUGCUACGCAGGCAGCGUGUCGAGCGUCGGUGCGCGACGACUUAGACAGCGGCCAACGACCCAGAAAAGUCGGACAAUCUGGCCCGAAAACAGAAACUCAGUCCUUUGACCGGUCUUUUCUCCGUCAGCCGGAAGGUUCCCUACGAGUCUCCUCGGCUUUUCCAGCCUGUCUUUUAGAAACAAGACAUGUCGGCGGCAGUGCGAACUCCGUUUUCAGCACCCAGAGGGGGGACUUCCGUGCGUUCUUGAGGACCGAACGCUCGGCGGACGCUUUCUCUUCUUCCCGACACAAUGCAUACACGGCUGUUCCACUGCAGUCUCCUCGUAAAUCGAUUGUUCCGGUGUGUCAGCCGCAGACGACGCCUUCGAACCGGGUAGCGGAUCCUUCGAAGAAAGAGAGUUCUCAUUCGCUGUCUCGGUGUCUCCGUCCUCAGGAGAACAUGUUGACGCGCCGCACGCGUCUCGCUCCGUUCUUUGGGUCUUCCACUACGCCUUACUCGUCCACGUCUUUCUCUUCUCUCGCGAUUCUCCGCUCUCCCCGAAACUCCUCUUCUUCCACGAGCUGCUCCUCUUCCCGUUCGCGUUCCUCUUCCUCGCGGACGCCCUUUCUUUUUUCCUUGACUUCUCCUGCCAUCAACUCGUCUUCCCUCGCUUCCCUAACGGCUUUCCUCUCCUUCUCUUCUUCGGCUGUCACCUCGUCUUCCUCCUUGUCCUUCAACUCCGCUUCUGCCCCGCUGACGUCCCCUUCUCUCUCUUCACCAGGUAGUCGCGCCCCCCGUCUCCCGCUGCGACCGCCGGUGAAGCCUCUGAAGCCGCCUCGAGGAGGCGCUGCGAAAUGCAGCGGGGGUUCGUAUGCCUCACGUACAUCCGCGAAAAGUUGCUCGUCCGGAGCCUCUUCGGAGGAAGGCAGAGAAAGCAGCUGGCAAGACGCACGAGACCGAGGGGAGCGACCUGAGGGCUCUCGAGUCUCCGUCUCGCCGAGGAGAGACUUCGAGCCUGAAUUUCCUUCCCUCCCCAGUGGCCGCCGCUGCUCUGCGCGCCUUCUCAGGGGCAGGCGGGCCUCUUGGCAAAAGGGGACACUGUGGGAGAGCCAGGACGACCUCGCGAGGAUUCUCCGGCUCUCGCUCGUGGAGGCGAAGGCGCAGCGACACACGAAGCGCGCGAAAAAGAGGCGGGAGCGAGGGCGAACGAAACACCGCACAAACAUGGAGGUUCGCUCUUCCCCGAGCGCCUCCCGAGAGCAGACGCCUCGCCGACGCAGACUGCACAAACCUUCGGUGUCUCCCUCAUGCGAGCGCCCAGGUAGACGUACGGCUGACAGCUGGGGGCGGUGGCGCUGCGAAGGCCGCGGCGACGAAGCGGAGAAGAACGACAGCUUUUGCCAGACUCCACCGAAAACGUGGAAGCGCCUCAGACGCGCCGUGACAGCCUCUCCAACUCUGUGUGUGAAACUCGCAGACCCGCGCGAGGGGAGUCACGAGAAGGAAGGGGAGAAUCGCGUCUGCUUGUCGCACGCUUCGCCGUCCCGACUCGCUGCCGCCUUCUCCGCGCUCUCCCCAUUCGGAGAAAAGGCUCAAGCGAGGAGACUGGUCAAGCCAAUCAGAGCCAUCGACGAAGACGCUUCGGAAGGCGCAAGAGAGGAGACAGAGACAGACAGACAGAACGAGCGCGAGAUAGGGAGAGAGAGGAGCAGCGACUCGGAGGUGGUGUCGCCGUCGAGUCGGAGCUCGCGAACGUCGCCUGCUUCGUGGAAGUCCUCGGAGCCCUCUGACGACGAGAGAAAACGCGACCGGCGACGGCUCGGGGGAGGAAGAAGCAAAGCCGGGAAGCGGCAAGAAAGGCGUCGAGGCGCGGCGAACGAGGAAGGACGAGCAGCUGAAAACGGCGAAGGCGACGGCAAAGCCUUCAGGGAAGCAGAGUCGGCGAACGAGAGGGAAAGGUUUGUGGGCUUCGCUGCACAAGGGAAGCAAACGAGAGACAAGCACGCUGAAAGAGAGGAAGAAGAACUCCACGCAGAACAGAAGGAGAACGCGGAAGCAGAGAGAGAGCGCGAGUGGAGGAAGGCACUCGAGACACGAAAGAGUCGCUUGUCAGCGCUUACGAAACGCGUGCAGCGAAACUCUCUCAGGGCGCGUUUAGUUCAAAGAGGCGUUGACAACCCAGAUGAAGAACUCGAGAAAGAAGAAUGCGACAGCGAAGAGUCAGAGGAGUCCGCAGACUCCCACAGACCUUUUCGUCGCCGAGGCAGUCGAACGCGGCUCAAUCCUGGCUACCGGUUCCUCGCCUUUGCCAGCGACAUGUGCCGUAGCGGGAGACGCCCUCAUCGUGAAGAGGAGCGCAGCAUCUCGUUGAGUGACACUGAAGAAAACGAUUUUAUCGUCGAAGAUGGAGACGAAGAUGAAGUGACUCCAACUGACGGAAGCGAGGAAGGCUUUGUCGCCGAUUCCGAGGAAGACGAAGAAGCACUCGACACCGGACAAGAACUCGCGAGACGGGCCAGCUACGAGCGCCGGAUGAAGCGCGAGACAGACCAAAAGCUGGAAGAGAAUCUGAAGUUGGACGAGGCGUUUGCGCGCUACGUGCAGUUCUUGGUUUUCUCGCUUUUUUCCCCGACGCUGAAAUUCCCUUUUCCAACAGGCCCUGCCGACCGCCGCGCUGCGUGCAUGCCGAGGACACGACACACACGAAAGUUGCCGAGAGAUUUUUUUUUGACGGCGGUGAAGAAGAUCGAAGGACUCAUGCCUGUCAUGCGUGCGACGAUGGAGACAACUGCUUUUCCUACCCGGCUAAAAUCCGCUUUGAAGGAAUACCCUGUGUGUACGGUGCGCGAGCGCGAGAAGGCAGCCAACAGUGCAAAUCGAGCGGAGCCUCGCUGUAUCGUCUGUGGACGGUGCCAAGGGGCCCGCUACAGAGUGCUUCUCGAGGGGCCUGUUUGCGACACAGAUCUUCUUUACCAGGGGGAACUGGCAGAAUGGCAUGUGGCCAACGGACUGGAGUGGUUGGGGCGAGAGGCUUUUCCAGAUGCACUCGAUCCUGUCCGAAGAAAAGCCGACGAGUAUUUACGACAAGACUCCACUUGGGGCAUGCUUACAGAGGACGCCGAACCGGGGAAGCUCACGAGGCGCCACCGAGGGAGAAGAGGAAGAGAGAACGCGACGUUUUGCUCAGGUGUCCUGGAGUUCGCCGUAGGAAAACACUGUGGAAAGCAGAUCCGAGCGUGGCAUAUGAUUCACCACUUCAAACACAGGUUCUUGAAGUUCAUGCAUUCCACAAUCAAGGAGUUCGAUCCGUGUAUACGGCGGUACCCUGAGAAAGUCGCAGAGAUCUUCGACGAGCUGUGGAGACAGCAGUGGUACGAGCAGUGGUGCAUGGAGGUGAAGGAUCCACGGACGAGCUGAUUCUUCCGGCAAACAAGAAAGGGGAGCCGAGCGCGUUCACGACAAGACGGGGAAGGGAAUUUUUUCCAUAUGUUUUUAGUAAAGACGCACUGCGCUGGACAAAACGGCAAAACGGACAAACGCAUUAGUCCAGAGUGCUUGUGUCUAUCGCUUCGUCUUCGAGGAGUCUUCCUUUUUUUCUUCCCUCGCUCUGUUGACGUCUUGCCUUGUCGUUCCACUUUUUGCUCUCUGUGGCGGAACGCAUCCCGGUUUGUGUACCCCCAUUUUGUAUUAACUGUAAAUGCUUUUGAGAAAAGAGGGAGUGAAAACGAAGUGGUCUUUUUUGUUCGCACUCUUCUAGUUUGUGCAGAUGCAUGGCGCUAGCUACCACUAACGCCUCCACAAGCGAAGACCGCAACCGCGAUUCUGGAGAUAGUCUGCCUUCUCUGGUGUACAUACACUCCAGCAAGAUGCGUUUGGCCAGUCACAAAAGUACGGGGACGGCAGAAUUAGGGGCUGCCCUGUUUUUGUUCUUCUAUUUCCUUGGGAGUUAUACAUCGAAUCUAUGAAUGCAGAUCUACAAAUGUUCGAUAAUUAUAUGCCGAUGCGUGCGUUUGCUUGUGAAUGGUGGGCAUGUGUAAGCUUAUCUACAUAUACCCCGCUUUCACAUCUCGGUAUUCACAGAAGAAAUACGCAGGUACACGAGGGGGAUGUUAGUCGGAAAUAGGAGAAGACGGGCGUGGUGGCUGGGGUGAAACUACAGCGGAGAGCAUGCAGAAAAGUGUCUGUUUCCGUGUGGGUGCUCAAGUUCUUCGAGGGGAAAUGGUAACAGUCCGAAUAGACGGAAAAGGGAACCUUUGAGGAUCUUUUCGGGGGUCGAGACUGCUUCUUUGUCACUUUUUGAUAAACGCGAUAGCGGGUUUAAAGUUGAACUGAGGUUCCGUUGCUGUCUCUAGUGUACAGUCAGUUAGUUACUGCAGCAUCCUCGCGAGCGGGAAGCCGUAUUUUUGCUAGGUUCAGUUGCUGGUCUUCUCGGAGUCCUGCCAUUUGUUUUUCCACUUCGGGGGCAAUGUGACGGCUUUUUAGAGCGCACAGUGUCGGGGGGGAGCAACUAAGUUUGUCAUAAAACACAGGCGCGUGUAGCUCUUCAGUCCUCUCACUUUGACUGUCUAAACCUCUAAGCGCUACGACACCUCGUGUCUGGUGAAGCAACUGCGCCGAAGGAGGAAACCGAAUUUGUCGAUGGGGCAAAAGGUGUUCCCGGUCGUGAUUGUGUCGUUCUCGUGGAAGAGUGAGACAGCAGAAGGGAUUUUGCAACUUUACAUUCGAGGCGAGACACAAAGAGAUACUUUUUUGACAGAGAAUCUCGGCCUUAUCGGUGAACCUACAGAGAGGUUCCACCUUUUACAGUGACUUCGUUCAAUCUCUGUCGUUGCUUUUCCGGAGCGCGGGUUUGCGGCCAAGUGCAACGCCCCGAGUGCCUCUAGCUGGUUGUUUGUGUGUGUGUGCAUCGUAUUUGUAAGCGACAAGACACCGAGAACAGAGAGGAACUGGUACGUUCGUCCGGCGUUUGGAAGUGCGAAUGGUGUUGCCACGGUCGAUAUCGCCUUGUCAAUCGGCAAGAAAAUUGUCAAACUUGCGCAGGUUCCGUUCCCGAAUAAACCGUUCAUUGCUUCCACACCCCCCUGCCAUGGGAACGUACCUACUUUUCCUGGGAAGGAGAGCGGCUAUCCAGUUCUUCGUGGGCGCACGUAGCUGUGUCGUCCUUUCAUGUUUUUAUCUUGUAGCAAGACUAGAAACAAAUUCCCUUCGUCUGCUGGCACGCAGGGAGUUUGAGGUAGCGCGAGGCUUGAGGGUUGAAGGCAGGGGAUUGAAGGAGGUACCAGAACGCAUGCGAGAGCCGUUGCCUGAGACCACUUAGUUUGGCUGUCUGAGUUGUUCCUCGGCGAAGGAAAGCGAUUUCUCGGCGGCAGAGCUCGAGGAUCUCCUUGUUGAGAUUCUUUGUUCCCACGGUGCGUUUCUGAUCUAGGUCUUGCGCUGCGUUUGCCGCAACAGCCACUUGUACGCGCUGAAGAACAUCGAGUCGAGUCGCUGUAUCGACUUGUAGGUUUUCAAGAUCCAAAAACAGAUUCCGCAGAUCCUCUGCCCGCAUGGUUUCGGGAGUGAACACAGUGAUGACGUCGCCCGUUGACGGACAGGCCCAGGCAAAGGGUCUCGCCAGCGUCUCGAGGAAGUGCAGCUUUUUUUCUUGGCGGCUUUCCUUCGUAGCCUGCAACUUCAGUUCCUCGAUGUGCUGCAGGAGCUCUGUUUCUCGGUGAAGCAGUUCCUUGAAUGCUUGACGUCGAUGCACAUCGCUGUCAAACAUAUGCUUAAUGCGUGCUGUCUCUUGAACCCGCCAAGCUUCGAGUUCCCUGCGUAGAACGGCAAAAUCCGAGUAGGUCUUGGGAUGCAAACACCGGUCCCGGAGGCGCUUUUGCCGCAUCUCGUGCUCCUUUUGCGCGCUCGCUCUCUCUUCCUCUUCGCGGUCGAUUGCUUCCUGCUUAGCAUGGCGCAGUUUCGCCGCUUUUCUGCGGGCGAGGAAACCUCGGAUGUGUGCUUGCAUGAUGACUGCCUUCUCAACCUUCAAGGCAUCCAGGGCGUCGGCUGUGAAAUAUGGUUUCGGGUACAGCGUCUUGUCGUGCUUCUGGUCGAUAGACAAACCCGGCUUUUCCAUCUGAACCGCACCUUCUCGAUUCAGUUGCAGCCCUUCACUAUGCCAUACGCGCGUCUGUGUUUCCGUGUGAAACUUGGUUUUCUUUGCCAAGUGGGAAGCCUCAUUCACCGUCUGAGUACCCGUCUCGCAGUUUGUGCCCGGGUCGCAAGGCACGAAGCCCAGCAGAGAUUCUGAUUAAGACAAAAGGGGUACCCAGAAAGGCAUACAAGCUAAAGUGCGGAUGCUUGUACUUCGCUCGACUUUGAAAGACGACAAACCUCGCGGAGCAUAAACCCUAGAUCGGUCGUGACAUGGCGUUUUCCGAAACGUCUCACCUAUGUGCUGACAGAACUGUGCACAGCAGACAAGGGCUUUUUUACGAGCAAGUGUGUCACUCAAUGGACAGUAUUUCAUUUAUAAAACGUGACGCUUAGGCUGUGAAUGACCUCCUACAGCGGCGGCAGACAGGGAGGGGAAAAUGAACGUGGAAAGGACGACGAGGAACUCCCAAGGAGAUGCCCGUCCUAUCGACCGGCCAUGUUUAAAGACAGCACAAACUCUCUAUCGGCCACAAGACACAUGUU